CCGGUGACCCCAGAGCUCCUGGUGAGCCCCAGCAGCCAGGAUGGGGACCUGGGCUCCGAGUGCCCAGAGGACAGAGGGAACUGGACGGGGCGGCUGGAUUUCCUCCUCUCCUGCAUUGGAUACUGCGUGGGCCUCGGAAACGUCUGGAGGUUUCCUUACAGGGCUUACACCAAUGGAGGAGGAGCUUUCUUGGUUCCUUACUUCAUCAUGCUGGCCAUCUGCGGGAUCCCCAUCUUCUUCAUGGAGCUGUCACUUGGCCAGUUCUCCAGCCUGGGGCCACUCGCUGUCUGGAAGAUAAGCCCUCUCUUUAAAGGCGUUGGCAUGGGCACGAUCCUCAUCGUCUCCCUGGUGGCCAUUUACUACAAUAUGAUCAUUGCUUACGUUCUCUUCUACCUCUUUGCAUCCCUCACAAGCGACUUGCCCUGGCAGCACUGUGGCAACUGGUGGAACACCGACCUGUGCCUGGACCACCACGUCAUGAAGGCGGGGAACACCUCCUUCCCCGUCAACAUCACCAACACUGUCAGCCCCAGCGAGGAGUACUGGAGCCGGUAUGUCCUGCACAUCCAAGGGAGCUCUGGGAUUGGAGAUCCCGGGAGGAUCCGCUGGAACUUGUGUCUGUGCCUGCUCCUUUCUUGGACUAUCGUCUAUCUGUGCAUCCUAAAGGGAGUCAAAUCUUCUGGCAAGGUUGUGUACUUCACCGCCACCUUCCCCUACCUCAUCCUGGUGAUGCUGCUCAUCCGUGGCGUGACCCUGGAGGGGGCCUGGAAGGGGAUCCGGUUUUACCUCACACCCCAGUUCGAUCACCUGCUGUCUUCCAAGGUGUGGAUCGAGGCCGCUCUGCAGAUUUUCUACUCCCUUGGGGUAGGCUUUGGGGGCCUCCUCACCUUCGCCUCCUACAACACCUUCCAUCAGAAUAUCUACAGAGACACCUUCAUAGUGACCCUGGGCAAUGCCAUCACCAGCAUCCUGGCAGGGUUUGCCAUCUUCUCUGUUUUGGGGUACAUGUCCCAGGAGCUGGGGGUCCCUGUUAACCAGGUGGCAAAAGCAGGUCCUGGCCUGGCUUUUGUGGUCUACCCCCAGGCCAUGACAAUGCUCCCUCUUUCUCCAUUCUGGUCUUUCCUGUUCUUCUUCAUGCUGUUAACCUUGGGCCUGGACAGCCAGUUUGCCUUUAUGGAGACCAUCGUUACAGCAGUCACAGAUGAAUUUCCCUAUUACCUGAGGCCGAAGAAAGCUUCAUUCUCAGCUAUUGUCUGCAUUGCCCUCUUCCUGAUGGGGCUCAUCCUCACAACAGAGGGUGGGAUGUACUGGCUGGUCCUACUGGAUGACUACAGCGCUGGCUUUGGUCUGAUGGUGGUGGUGAUCACUACCUGCCUCGUGGUGACACGUGUCUAUGGCAUAAAGAGGUUCUGCCGAGAUAUACACAUGAUGCUGGGCUUCAAACCAGGGCCCUACUUCAGAGCCUGCUGGAUGGUCCUGUCCCCAGCAACAAUGAUGGCUCUGCUGGUGUACAACAUCAUCAAGUACCAGCCCUCCGAGUAUGGCAGCUACCGCUUCCCUGCCUGGGCCGAGGUCCUGGGCAUCCUCAUGGGAGUCCUCUCCUGCCUGAUGAUUCCCAUCGGCAUGGUGGUGGCUGUGCUCCAAGAAGAAGGAACACUGUGGGAGGUGUGUCCCCCCAUCCCUCCUUGCUGCCCCUGGGUGAGAGAUGGUGUGUCCCAGGGCAUUUCCAGCAUCACCUUCCCAUGCCAGUCCCCCAAGCCCCUCAUGGUCCACAUGCGGAAAUACGGCGGCAUCACCAGCUACGAGAACACGGCCAUCGAGGUGGACCGGGAGAUGGAGGAGGAGGAGGAGUCCAUGAUGUGA